GUUCAGCAACUUAUAAAAAUAUUAUAAGAUCAUAUAUGCAAUAGGAUCGUUUUCGGUGUUGCGAGUAUGCAUGUACCGAGUUGGAUUUGCGAGACUUCGAGUACUUUCCCGCUACGAUAUUACACAUCAAUGAAAAAUUCAAUAUCUCCGGAUUAUCAACAUUCCAGAGUGUUGACACCUCUGUCAGAGUGCUCUGCUUUACUAUUACUGUAACAUCAGUAUCUCUUUCUUAAACAUUGACUCCUGAUAAUUAUAUCUCGAUUCUUCGUUUUCGGAUGCAUGAAUACAUGCGUAGUGUCAAAUAGAAGAAUGCAUGAAUAGGUUCUAUGUUCUCACUGGUUUUUCACAUUUGGAGAUGUGAGAGUGAUUAAUUUAUUAAAUACAACAGGUGUAAAUGAAAUAAUAGAAAAAUGAGUUCUGUGCAACAAGGUAGCAGAUUCUUACCUUUUUCAAAUAACAAUAUACAAAGGAAACAAUUAUCAAUGCAAGGAGGUCUUCCACAAAGUUUGAGUGGCAGUGAAACUGAUGUUUCAACAUCAAACGAGAAUUUAACCAAUGAAGAUCGCUAUGUUAUAAGACAUACAGCUCGCCAAGAACCUCAAGGUCAAGAAAAUCAGCAGCAAAGCCCAUCAAGAUCUUCCAGUCAUAAAGAAAAUAUACCAAAUAUACAAGGUAACCUGCUCAACAGAAACAGUUUGAAGGACAAUUUAAAUGGUUCAAACAGGAACAGUUUGAAGGAGAAUUUGAAUGGUUCUAAUCGAAAUAGCCUUAAAGAUAGUAUUAAUGGUUCUAAUAGAAAUAGUUUGAAGGAUAAUUUAAGCAACCGUACCAGUGUAGGAUCAAAUAGAAGUAGCUUAGAUGUGUCUACAAGCUCCUACAAUACACUUAUUAUACACAAUGCUAAUGAUGAUAAUUCAUGGUUACCAUCUGGAAGGUUGUCGGGUGUUGUUAGAGAACAUGGAGAUAUGAGUUACUUAUAUUGUGAUGGUGGUGGAAAAGGACAUUCAAAUAGCCCUACUAUGCAGUCUUUAUCAAAUUUAUCUCAUGAAGAUCACAUUUACGAGCAAACUAAUAAUGGCGGAUGUCAAGAAAUUACAGACAUACCAGACGAUUAUCUUAGUCAAUCGCAGCAGGUAUUAAAACAUCUUGCAAAAGAAGUUAAAGUACCAUCUUACAGUAAGCUAACAAAUAAUGGAGGAAAUAUUGAUAUGAGAAUGAGAGAUGGUGAAAGAGGUAAACAGAACGAUAGUGAAUCAGAAGAUAGACCACCACCUUCAUAUAUGUCCGUCUUGUUGCCACUGAAAAAUAAAUCUCGAUUCCCUGGCCCAAUGGAAAAAUUGACAUUGUCAAGAUCGCAACCUGAUUUAUCUAGAAUUGGCAAACCAGAUAUGGAUAACUACAAUUUGCGAACCACUUCCCCACGACCUCAAACGAAAGGAAGGGAGGAGACAGAAUCUGCAACGGGUGAAAUUUGGCCACCAUCGGAGAUGAUACAAAUCGUAAUUCAAGAAAACAGUGCUUUAAAAUUAGAAUUAGAACGGUGUUAUAAUAAAGUUGCUAAAUCUCAAAAAUUGGAACAAGAAAUCGCGAAGGUACAUCGGGCUCAUGAAGAAUUGGCUGCAUCGAGUGAACGAAGAGAGAAACUGGAACGAGCUGCUAGAUUGAGGUUACAAAAUGAUUGCAGACGAUUAACUGAAUUAAAUCGUGCCUUACGAGAUCAAAUAGAUUUAUUAUCGGCACGUACUGACAGUCCUCCGAUCGUGGAAUCUAUGAGAAAGGAAUUAACGCAACGAGAAUUAUUAAUUGGUCAAUUGAUUACUCAAAACAAAGAAUUAGCCGCGGCGAAAGAAAGACAGGAAAUCGAAUUGGCAGCACAACGAGCAACGUUACAGGAGCAACGUACACACAUAGAUAUUUUAGAUACUGCUCUCACUAAUGCACAGGGCAAUGUCGUACGCCUCGAAGAAGAGUGUCGGAAAAAACAAGUAUACGUAGAAAGAGUAGGCCAACUUCAACGAGCUUUGUCUUCUCUUCAAGCGUCCAGUGACAGAAGAGAAGAAACAGAAAGACAGUUGAGAGGUCAAUUAGAACGGGAAUUAAGAGAAGGCGGUGGCGGCGGCGGUGGUGGUGCUAAUGGUAAUGAACAAUCUUCCAAUGGAGAAACGAUCGCAGAAUUGAAACGACGAAUACGCGAAAGAGACGAAAAAAUUAUGUCGCUGGAGGGUGAUGUUGCGAAAUGGGAGCAACGUUAUCUCGAAGAAAGCGCACUAAGGCAAGCGGCAAUUGAUGCAGCCAGUCUACCAAAGGACGCAAAGAUAGCUGCAUUAGAAAAAACGAGUCAAGAUGCUGAGAAAUUAAUUGCAGAGGCACGGUCUGAGAAAAUGAGACAUAUGGAUGAAGUGCACGCUGCACAGAAAAAAUUGGCUGAUUUUGAAUCUAGAAUGAAGGAUUUAGAAUCGAAAUUAGCUGAAAGGGAUGCUAUGAUCAGAGUUCUUCAGAAACAUACAUAUGACAAGGAUAGUAGUAGCAGUAGUGGUGUUGGCAGUUAUCCCGCUGCACAUUCGUCUCAUUCAAGUACAUCAGCGGAUCAUCAUACCGCACUGACAAGCACGCCAGAACUCGUAAGCAGUGUAUUGGGUGGUGGUAGUGGUUAUGGAAGUACCGGUUCGUACGGUGUUACAGACAGUUACAAGUAUAGGAAGCAGGGCAGCUUCGAACAAACGAAUAAAAGUCUCGAUGAUCAGUUAAAAGAACUAGACUCCCAGCUACUUAGUAAGCGGGCACUUUGCUGUUUUCCAGGAUUCUCUAAUCCAGGCACUGCGUCGCGAAAAGGAAAAAUAUCCAAGCCAUUAUUGGCGGGUGUAGAUAGUACAGGCACCUCGAGCACUGCCUCAAGUAAGAGUCGCCUAUUGGACGACUCCGGUGGCGAGGUCUCACCGAGUAUCAUGGAGUUUGCGAGUGCAGCCUCGAGGCUGAAAGGCACUGUAUCGAGAUUGUCGGAUGGUAAGCCCGAAGAUAUGAUGCUAUUGGAGAAGCAGGGCAGAAGCUCGCAGAGACAGAGAAUGCAAGAGGGUGAACCACGCCGUGCGGGUAGUCUUCCUCCCAGUUCGUUACCGCGACCGCCGAAGAAUCUGAAGUCGACGAGCUCGCGUUAUUGUAGACUGAGCGACACAGAGGCUCGUAAGAAAUCGGAUCCAGGUCCGACUUUGGACACGCCCGCGAGCAUGAAGGUACGCGAUACGAGCAACUGCACCAUCGAGUACGGCAGAUUUGAUACAAAGGCUCAGCGUCGAAAGAAAUCAUCCGGAACGGAACAGUUGGUCGUUAAUAACUCGUUGAAAAAGCCGUCUUCCACAAUAAGCCACGAGUACGAGCGUCUCCAAGGUGAAAAUAUUCGUAAGAAACAACCGUCGGGUUCAGAAACGAAGCACAGAGAAGUUCAGAGUCGCUCCCUGAUACCUCCACCGUCUCGUCGUAUCGGGGAGUACGGUCGUCUCAGUGAUGGUACUUCGAGGAAGCAGACUGGUUCACGAGGACAAAGUACUGGAAGCACGGUGAGCAGCAAGAGCGGAGGACGCGAUUCCGGCGGCACUGCUAGCAGCGAGGCGUCAACGUCGUCGUUGCCUCCUUCCAAAGCGAGAUCCAUUCCUCGUCCGAGCAAUUACCGCAUUCAGUUUUAAUUUAUAACGUUCAGUGUCGAGUUAGUCUUCCCUUUUUAAAGAUUAUCCUUUGAAGAGAUCGAGUUCUCCCGAGCGUAUAUCGAGCAAGUCAGAGAGAUAUAAUUUUCCGUACUUUAUCUUCCAUUUACGAGAACCUUUCUUAGCAAACAUUGGUAUACAUGCUUGUUUCCACUGUCUUUACUUUUGUAUUGCUUUUUCGACAAACGAUGGAAGAAUUUCUUUCUAGUGGAUGCGUCAGAGAGGAGCGUAGCAAGAUCGAAUGGUUAAAUGAUCGAGCGGAAGCGAACGAUGAACGACGAAUAAAAUGGGAGGUAGAAUUAAGGAGAAAAUCAAAAAACGUUGACCGGUUUCGAGAGCGUCUCUGCUUCGCCUUUCAGCACUUCAGAUCCUAUCUAGAAGUCCUAAUGUACGUAUGCGCGAGCGAUACGUCUACACAGCCAUAAUAUUAAACGAUAUAUUAGUUCCCUUUAUUACCAUUAAUAACGGAGAAGCGAAGUCAAUCGCCACGACAUAGCGAGGAACCACGAUAUAUCGUUGCGUAGCGAUAGUGCAUGACCUAGUCAUUACCAAAGUAACUUCUGUAAUGAGAAUGGAAUUGAUUUCCUCUUGUUUCGUACGCACCUACGUCUAGGAAUAUUGCGGCCUUUUUUCACCAACAAUUUAUUCGUAUAAGGGAAACGCGAAAAAGAAGUGCCUUGUUAAAGACUGCGUGAUAAAGAAAAAUAUAAGUUCGGUACAACUAGGAAUAAGAUUUAUACAUUCGGGAAUACCUUCAGAAUUCUACAAGACACACGUGUCUUUCGGAUAAAAUUGAUCGCGUGAUCCUUAACUAGACACGUUAUUUUUUCAAACGUGUAUUUUACAAUUUUUACCCAAGAGUUCGUCAAGAGUAUCGCAUUUCUGUGUCGUGCCUUAUGAAAAAAACAUUUCCUUUUCCUCCUUUUCUUUUUCUUUUUCUUUUUUUUUUUUUUUAUGUGUCUUUAAGAUUGUUUCCUGUUGGAAACACUACAAAGAUACGUCACGGGAUAUUCAAUCGGUUUUGCUUUUCGAUGGAAAAGCGAAACUGGGGUAAGGCAAACGAGUAUUCGAUUUGCCUGGAUGCACAGUGAGGGAUUCGACUUACAUAUAUACACAUACACAUACACACACACACACACACAUAUACAUAUUAUAUAUUUUAGAUAAUCAUAUUUUUGUGUGUACGUGUCUCCAUUCGAUAAUUUUAAGUGUUCAUUUACACAGAGAGAAAUUACGUAAAUCGUUGACGGUGAUUCGCCUAAUUCAAGAUGUAACGACGGUGUAAUCGUAUACAAUAUUUAGAAGUAAUAUAUUUCGCGACGCAGUUUUAUAAGCAUUUAUACGUCGAAGUAUCGUUCGGUCACUCGGAAGGUAUAUUUGCCUUCCUCCCCUCUCCCCUUGUCCUGCUUUAAAUUUUUAAAUGUUAAUGAAACUCUUGACGACAGUAAUUUCGAUCGAUGACAUUCGUUUUUUAGGGAGAUUAUUUUUACAUUUUCCUUGUUUUCACGAUGUUUCUUUUAAACAUUAUUUGGACAAUCGGAAAAUCAGGCUAUGUUUAAACUGAAUUGAUUAAUUCGAUAAUGAUCAGAACGAGAACAUUGUGGAGUUCCGAUCUAACGUACGAUUUUCAUGCUUCUGUCUCUUGUGUAUGUUAAUUAUAGAAAGAAGGAAGAAAGAGGAGCUUCGAAAGCAAAAAGCAAUAUUGACUUAUAUUACUAGCAAGUUGAACACGUUACGUUGUGAAUUCUAGCAUUAAACUGCAAGGUUUACCAUAAUCUUCGUGAUUAGUAUAGGUACUUAUAAGACUGAAAGAAAUGAAUACCAACAAAACAAAUUUUCUUCUUUGCGAUUUGCUGUCACAUUUUGUGUUUUCUGCCCCAUUUCGUUUCAUCCUUUACGCGUGUGUAGAUGCAUAUAUAUAUCUACACACACAAAUCCAGUUACAUACGUAUACAGACGCAGUCGAAGUUGGUGCAUGUACACAAAUCCAUAUACAUUAAAACAUCUAUUGUUCACGAUACGAGUUCCUUAAAGACGACAGGGACAUUCGUGGUAAAUGUAGUGGAAAUUUCAUUAGCAUUCUCUAUAAUCCCUUCGACGAAUAGCCUUGUUGAAAAAAAAAAGAAAGGAUCAGAAAAAAAAACGGCAAAGAAGCAAGAAAAAAAAAAGAAAAGAGGAGAACGAAAUCUCUUUUUUUUUUUUUACCUAAUGUCAUUUCUGCAGAGGUGUCGGAGGACAAUUCUUGUUUUAGGAUGAAAUCGUUUACUUUUGUUUCGUACGUCCGAAACAAAGACAAAGAAAUACGAGAACAAAGAAAUAGAAGAAAAAUACGUAGAAUGCCAAAGCAAGUUAGAAUGCCGCACACUACAAUUUAUAUUGACAAAUAUGUUUUAAUUUUAGUGUAUUUAUUUGUUUUCGUUUUUGUGUUAAUUAUCUAUUUUACACGUAGGGUGAAUUUUCUAUCAAUUCUUGUUUCCCGCGAACGUUUCAGGAAGGAACUUUCCUCGAACAGCCGUUUCGAAGCUUCCGUUUUGAAGCACGCGAUCCUACAUAAACGGUAAGAGAAUUUAGAAAACCGAGUGACGACUGAUAAAAGACUCACCCUCUACAUUUAGGAUGUUCAUUAAGAUACGAUAUGUUUAGAAAAUGAGAGAUCUCUGUUCUAUUUUACACGUUUGCAAUAAGAGUUAUAUAUGAUUCAAUGGUCCUUGAGUUUGAGAUUUCGAAAGCUGACCUGUGUACUUUCAAUGGUCUUCGAAAGCAAUAUUACCUAUGUAAUGUGCUUUUGAACAAGUCUGGGAUUUUCUCUGCCAUGAAAAUCACAAUGUAUCGAAACGGAAAAUAAAUGCGUAGGAUAUCUUUCAUAGCAAUUUGAAAUAAAAAAUUUCACUUACGCCAAGCAUUUUUUUUCGUUUCGUGUUACUUUUACAAACAUUUUCCUUAUUUAUAUGUUGCAAAUCAAUUUAUAUUGAUUUCCUUUUUUAAAAUUUAAGAAAACAAAUAUCUUUUUAUAUUAUUCUUAUCGUAAUUUAUUCUUAUUAAAUAUUUAUUUAUUUAUUUAUUUUUUGAUGGCGGAUUAGGAUUUUAUUUGAAAAAAAAACAUUGUUUUCAAAUUAGGAAUCUCAUUUUUUAAAUACCUCAGAUCUUAUGAAACAUCCUGUAUAUAUAAACGUAACAUGUAUUUUAUAUAAUACGCUUAUCGUAUUAUUCUAUCACCCUCCUUUUCAAAUAACGCUGUACCAGUCACAGGAGAUAAUUAUCACGCGUGGAUUUUGUAUUGUUCAAAUUAUAAUACACGUUGAUUGUGAUGUAGAACAUAGAGGAUAUGCGAACCGUCAGUGGCAUAACGUUUCUUUUUUUUUUUUUUAUUCUCGAAAUGAAUAUUCGCUCCUUUAUAUACAAAGAUCUGUGUUCAAAUAUUGUGAAAUUUAUAUUUUAUAAAAAUACUGACGAUUUGAAUCGUCGAAGAUUUCUCAUAGAUUGUAACUUUUUAUCGAUCUUUGCCAUAAAAAGAUUGCUCUAUGAAUAUUGUAAAUAAAGAUAAUAAAGGGAAGCAUUUCGAAUUUUGUCGCUAAUA